GAGGAUGGCAUCGCGCGCAGGGGAAUUCACUCCAACCGCUACGCCCGCGGGGAUGCCAACCGGUGUGGUAGUGCCUGCCUUGCCAGUUACACCGACAUCGACCGCCGUUCCUGCGCCUACACCUACUGCGAGCCCGACACCAACGGCAACCGGGACGCCUUUGCAAACUGCCACCUCAACGGCAACGGUGCUCCCCUUGCCCACUUACACCGCGACCGCUACGGUUAUGCCGACAUUUACGGCAACGGCUACCUCUACGUCCACGCCUUUUGCGACUGUCACUCCGACUCAUACACCCACCAUCGCUCUACCGGUUGCGAAUCGGUGGUGAACGUCAACAGGGCCGGUGUGGAAGAACUGGAGGAGCUACCGGGCAUUGGACCUGUAAAGGCGCAAGCCAUUGUGGACUAUCGCAAUGCCCACGGCGACUUUGCGAAUGUCGAAGAACUCGAUGAAGUGGAGGGGAUAGGCGAGAAGACGCUAGAGAAAAUCGAGCCUUGCGUAAUCUUCGAGUAG